UCCGGCAGGCCAGAGUAGGAGGGGUCUCUGCCGCUGGGGCGGAGCGGACUCAGCGGACCGCCGGCCACCUGGGUACUGUUCCAGUUGGAGGUGGCCUGCGGCGCCCGGUUUCCUCAGCUUCCGUAGCUCUGGCGGAGUCUGCGCGAUGGGCGAUGCGGAAAGGCCGGAAGCGGCCAGGCCCGAGCAGGAUGAGGCCACAUGUUAUCAGAAUGGGACAGGAAAAACGCAUGUACAAAUGACUUGCAUUCUAAUUUAAAGAGGUUAUCUUCAGAUACCAACGAAAAUGAAGCGAAAUCAAAUGAAGAGCCACUCCUAAGAAAGAGUUCUCGCCGAUUUGUCAUCUUUCCAAUCCAGUACCCCGAUAUUUGGAAAAUGUAUAAAAAGGCACAGGCAUCCUUCUGGACAGCAGAAGAGGUUGACUUAUCAAAGGAUCUCCCUCACUGGAACAAGCUUAAAUCAGAUGAGAAAUAUUUUAUUUCUCAUAUCUUAGCUUUCUUUGCCGCCAGUGAUGGAAUUGUGAAUGAAAAUUUGGUGGAGCGCUUUAGUCAGGAGGUGCAGGUUCCAGAGGCUCGCUGUUUCUAUGGCUUUCAAAUUCUCAUCGAGAAUGUUCACUCAGAGAUGUACAGUUUGCUAAUAGACACUUACAUCAGAGAUCCCAAGAAAAGGGAAUUUUUAUUUAAUGCAAUUGAAACAAUGCCAUAUGUUAAGAAAAAAGCAGAUUGGGCAUUGCGAUGGAUAGCAGAUAGAAAAUCUACUUUUGGAGAAAGAGUGGUGGCUUUUGCUGCUGUAGAAGGAAUUUUCUUCUCAGGAUCUUUUGCUGCUAUAUUCUGGCUAAAGAAAAGAGGUCUUAUGCCUGGACUCACUUUUUCCAAUGAACUCAUCAGCAGAGAUGAAGGUCUUCACUGUGACUUUGCUUGCCUGAUGUUUCAGUACUUAGUAAAUAAGCCUUCAGAAGAAAGGGUCCGGGACAUCAUUAUUGAUGCUGUUGAAAUUGAGCAAGAGUUUUUAACAGAAGCCUUGCCAGUUGGCCUCAUUGGAAUGAAUUGUGUUUUGAUGAAACAGUAUAUUGAGUUUGUUGCUGACAGAUUACUUGUGGAACUUGGAUUUUCAAAGGUUUUUCAGGCAGAAAAUCCUUUUGAUUUUAUGGAAAACAUUUCUUUAGAAGGGAAAACAAAUUUCUUUGAGAAACGGGUUUCAGAGUAUCAGCGUUUUGCAGUCAUGGCAGAAACAACGGAUAAUGUCUUCACCUUGGAUGCAGAUUUUUAAAACCCUCCCUAUAACUAAAAAUUGGUAAAUGGCAGUUUAUUUUUCUUUUCUAAAAAACUUAAGUGUCUCCUUUAGGGAAUAGGAGUUUGCUCGAAAGGAAUCCCAAACCAAAUUUCAAUCAAGUUGAAUUUAUAUAAAUGCACUCUAAUUUUCCUGUUUAACACCCAGAGUGACCUAAAUGAUUUUGCUUUGUCACUAGAAUGUAAGAAGGCAUUACACAGUGGUUAAGAGCAGGACAUGAGGGAUCAGAUAUGAGUUUGAGAAUCUGUCCUUAAUUGACUCUCAGCAAGUCAGUUAAUCUCUCGAAACCUCAAUACUUAUCUUUAAACUGAAUGUAAUAGUAGAUCCUAAAUUCAUAGAGUGGAUAUGAGGGUUAAGGCACAAAAUAAGUGCUUAGCCAAUACAACCACCACCAUCACCACUAUUACUUCUUUUUAUUAUGUUAAUAGUGUUCAUUGUAGUGGUAGUGUGAUAAAAUGCUCCCAUCUUCUCAAAGUAGUUGUGAUUCUAGGUCCUAAGAUCUGGAAUUAGAUCUUUAUAGUUUUAAUGUUUGAGAAAAAAUACAAAGAUUUCCUAAAAAUGAUUAUAAUUCUCAUUAACUUGAGAAUAACUUCUUUUAGUUCCUUAGUGUGUAGUAAAGGAAACUUAUUUCCUAGUUGCUUUGGUCAAGAUCUUUAUGGAGUGGAAUCCAGGAGGUUAUCCUGGUAGUUGAGCUUGUCAGCAAAAUGAUUCCACUCUUUCAAAAAUUAAAAAGAUAAUUAUUGCCAGAUGUAGUGGAAUGUUUAAAGCCAGGGUAAAUUAGCUAGAAUAGCAUUUCUCAAAGAAUUUUCUAAGAGCUUUUAACCCCUCUAGAUAUUUCAUGGGGACAAAACAGGAUGCUGUGAUCAAAUGAGUUUGGGAAAUGCUGUAUGCUCGAUUCUUCUUUAGAAUGUCUAGUCAGUACAUUGAAGACUGAGAUAUUAUACUGUAUAUGUAAACUUAUUUCCCCCUGCAUAUUCCAAACUUAACACAGAUCUGUUUUUUACCUGUUAACAUCUACCUAACUAGUAAUCCUCAGACUGUACUUUGGAAAAAGCUGACCUAGAACCUUUUUAUACGUAAAGGAAGGACUUGUGGACUAAGCAGAGGGGAACCUGGUAGUAAUUUUUGAGCCAUUUCAAAUUUGUGCCAAGCUGAGUAAUGAACCUCUGAUUGACCUCAGCCUGUGUUUCUUUAAUACUCUUGACACCCUUUUAUGCUAUUAGAAUAUAGAGUUCUUUUAAUGGAACUCUGCACAUUGCCUGAUAGCAGAGGGCAAGAGAGAUGAAGGUCUCGGCAGAGGAGGCUAGGAAAGGCCAGGAGCCAAGGUCUCUGUUAGGAGGUAGAGUGAGCCCCAGAAAGCAGUGUGAUUCCCCACUCACAGCAAACUACUUCAUAAAAUUCUAGAAGCUAAAAUUUAGAGAUUUUCUCUCUCUCUCUUUUUUCCUCCAUUCAUUACACAGUGACCUAAUUCACUAAAACUAAGGGUUCUCAAGUAGAUGCAAAAGGAGCAGGCCAUAACUUUGUUAGAGAAAAUAUUGAAAUUUGAGAUAUUUUGGCUUAUGCUAAUACUAUUAUUUGUUCAGUGCUUGAUAGUUUGCCAAGUGUUUUUAUAUCAUCUCAUUUGAUCUCACAACGCCUUUACAAGCUUGACAGAGCGGCUAGUAUUGAAAUUUUACCAAUGGGAGACAGUCUCAGAGAAGUGAAGUGACUUAGCUAAGAUCUGCUCAUAUCAUUGUCCCUAUAGUAUAGUUAUUUUUUCUUUAGAGGUUACCAUCUUUCUUAUAUUUAGUCUUUGUAUCCACCUUGGUUUGAUUUUGUCUGUUUCCUCAUUAAGUAUCACAGACUUUAAUUAAGGGAGGACAUCACAUUAAUUGAAGUAUCAAAGAAUCAUAAACAUUUUAGCCAUAUUUAGGUAAUAUGUUCAAAGACACUUAUCUACUGCCAUAUAAAAACUUAACAUCAAAAUUGACAAUACCUGUAAUGUCAUCAGAAUGAAAGAAAAAAGUUUUACAGCACAUAUUCCUUUUAUUUUGAAUCCAAAUCUUAUAGGUAAUGACAGGUGCCUUAAUAUGAAGCUUAUCUAUAGUAGCAAUAAACUUACUGUAUAGAAAUGAAGAAUUAAUACUGAAAUACUGGAUUUUUUAUACACUGGUUUAUUAUAUUCAGUAUUCUCUACCCUUUUCCAGGCCUUCAACUUGCUUAUUUAUUUAUUAUAUUUAAUAUUUUAGUUCUUAAUUCUUAAGGAAUUAAGGAGUUGAAGAAUCUCUUUCUAAUAUCUUGUAGGUAAAGAAAAAAUUCAGGUAUGUUUACAACUCUUUUUUUAACAGCACAUAUAUUUAAAUCAUUGCUAUAAUAAAGUUAAGUUCAUUAUUUAGGAACAUAAAAAUAUGUGUCCUAUCAUAUAUUGCACUUAUAAAAAAUGUGCCAUUGUAGUAGGUAUAAUUACGGCCUGGAAGGACUUGGGAGGACAGUUUGACCCAAUGCUUUCAGACAGGGUUGCUUUGCUGUCCAAUUACAUGCAGUAAUAAACAAUUAUUCUACAAUAUAAGCUUACCUCAGUCAUGUCUUGAUAUGUGAAUUUUUGUAGUUGUCUCAUUUUGGACUAUACAAAUGUUUCUGCUGCUUUUGCCAUUUGAUUUUUCAUGUGUUCAUGAAAAGAAGUGGUGAUUGAGCAUUGAAGACAAGUAGUGACUCUAUAGCAUCUUACUAUGUUGAUGGACAGGGAUUGUAAUGGGUGUUGGGGGGGACUUGAUAAUAUGGGUGAAUGUAGUAACCACAAUGUUGCUCAUAUGAAACUUUCAUAAGAUUGUAUAUCAGUGAUACCUUAAUAAAAAAAUAGUGGUGAUUGAGCAAGCAGCAGUUCACAUAUUUAAAAAAAUUAUUUAACAUUGGAAUUUUGCAUUUUAUAUUUUAGAUACACUAACAUCACUUAUCAUAGAAUUCUCAAAUUGCAUUUGUACAGAUUCUGCUAAGGGCUAACUGUCACUAACUGAUUUUCAGUGAUAACGAAAUCUGCCAACAGGCUGCCUGAAAGCCAGUUUAGUCCUACAAUCAGGUAUUAUGUUUUUGAUGUAAAGUGAGUAGAUUAGUAGCCAAUUUAGGAACCCCUCCUCAGCAGAAUCUGAGUGACACAGAAGUGAAAUUUGUUGUUUUUCCCCACCCUUUAAAUGGUCUGCUCCUUUUUAGACAGCUGCUAGUUUGAAGGAAACCUAAUAUUCCUGAGGCCUUAGGAAGAAAGGAUCGAUUUAAGCCUUCAGUUUUCAGACUUAAUACUGUUAAAGAAAAUAUAGAUGAAAAUGGAAAGCUAGGGAAUGAUUUUUUCUUUUGUAUGGAUAAAAAUAUAACAAUUCAGUCUUGAAAUGUAUAAGAUUUAUUUAUGCAUUUGACUGUUUUACAACUGUGUUUUGAUUUUUUCAAAUGUUCGAUCAUUUUAGCAAAGUUACUUGGUAUCUACUGUGUAUGUAGAAAGCUUUACUAGGUGUGAUGUACUGAAAUGUUUUUUGUUAAAAUACAUUAUGGUCAAUCAACCAAGUCUGCAUAUAUAGAAUAUGGUUUUUAUCAAAGAAAUGAGUUGUUUUGUUAUUUUUGGGGUUUAAUAUAUUGAAAUAAAUUGUAUCAUAGCUA